AUGAGGAGCGCAUCCAAGCUCUUGUCUCCCCAUCCUAUUCCCCGCCCGUCAUCCGCCGGGCUCUUCUUCUCCCGCUGCAAAUCCUCCCUGCGACACCCACCCUUAGCCUCCCCUCCUUCCCUUUAUCAAAUCAUUACAGAGAUUUUUCCAAUUCAAAACAGGGACACGCAAGAUGUUUGUCAAAAUGUCCCAGCAAGUAAUAGCACUUUUCAAACCAUUGAAAGAGGAAAGACACGACUGAAUGCAUGCGCAUUGGAAGAAAUUAGCUCAGUCGUUCAAAAGGUAACUGAAAUAAUCCGGUCAGAUAACCAGAUUCCCUUGGAGCUGCGCUUGAAUGAAUUGAGAAUUGUAUUCACUCCUGAGAUUGUGGAUAUGGUGCUGAAGAGGUGCUUCAAAGUAGGCAGUAUAGCUCUUAGAUUCUUCCACUGGAUAAAGCUGCAGCCUGGAUUUUGCCACACAACAGAGACUUACAACACCAUGGCUUACAUUGCAGGUGAAGCUGGUGAAUUUGAUUUGAUGGAGAAGCUGAUGGAGGAUAUGGAUGCUGACUUGUGUUUGAAGAACAUUAAGACGUGGACAAUUCUUAUUUCGCAUUAUGCAAAUGCGAAGAAGAUUGGUAAAGCUCUGUGGACGUUUGAGGAAAUGAGGAAAUCUGGAUGCAAGAUUGAUAAUAGCGUUUAUGAAGCAAUUCUUAGGGGGCUUUUCAGUACCAGGAAGGCAGAACUAGCAUUUGAGUUCUACAAAGAGAUGGUUUUGAAGAAACUGAAAGUUGAUAUUAAGAUUUAUGCAAUGCUAAUGGAUUGUCUGUCUAUUGCUGGUGAUAUUGGCAAUGUAAGGUUGGUUGCAGAAGAUAUGAUGAAGAUUGCAGAGCUGCCGGAAACUGAAGUGUUUACAAUCAUGAUGAGGAGCUUUUGCAUUUCUGGGAAUGUGGAUGAAGCCCAGAAGUUGUUUGAGGAGAUGACGGCGAGAAAUAUGUCUAUUGAUUCAAAUGGUUAA